UUCCGCACGGUGGAGUUGACUUGAGCGAGAUCGAAAUCGUUUUACAGCAUUUGAUGUUGUAUUAUCUAAAGAGGAGCGCGGUGCUAUUCUAAACCACACCGUGUUUACUGGACAUUGGUGAUACUAUUCCCACCGAAGCUUGCAGUUAUUUAAGCUGGUUAAUUCAUAAUUAACAGGCUAAAAUAUGCAAAACUACGCAGAUGCCAUCAGGCACUUAAUAACCAGACACGCGACCGGUCUCGCUGUUGCGUGUAUUGCAGGGGCAGGCAUACUGGCCUUGCGCAGGUGGAUGGCUGGGGGAGUGUGUCGGAGCAAGGUCAGACUAGAUGGGAAAACAGUCCUGAUCACAGGAGCCAACACUGGCAUCGGCAAGGAGACGGCCCUGGACAUGGCCAAGCGAGGAGCCAGAGUGAUCCUGGCCUGCAGAGACGUGACCAAAGCCUGCAUCGUGGCCGACGAGAUCCGGCAGCAGAGCGGCAACGGCAACGUGGUGGUGAAGAAACUGGACCUCGCCUCCCUGCAGUCCGUCCGGGACCUGGCCAAAGACGUCGAGGAGAACGAGGAACGUCUGGACAUCCUCAUCAACAACGCAGGUAUCAUGAUGUGUCCGAAGUGGAAGACCAAUGACGGCUUUGAGAUGCAGUUUGGCGUCAACCACUUGGGACAUUUCCUCCUCACCAACUGUCUCCUCAACCUGCUGAAGAAGUCGACUCCGAGUCGCGUCGUCAUCGUCUCCAGUCUGGCCCACGAGAAAGGCAGCAUCGACUUCGACGACAUCCACCUCGAUGUGCAGUACCACCGCGAGACGAGCUACAGGCAGAGCAAGCUGGCCAACGUGCUCUUCUGCAGAGAGCUGGCCUCCAGACUGCAAGGCACCGGUGUGACGGUGUACAGUCUCCACCCCGGUGUCAUCCGCACCGAGUUAGGCCGCCACCUGCUGCCCACGCUGGCUCUGUGGCAGAGGAUCUUCGUCACGCCGAUCAUCAUGCUGAUCAAAAGCCCCGCCGCCGGCGCUCAGACCAGCAUCUACUGCGCCGUGGACGAGAGCCAGGCCAACGCCAGCGGCCUCUACUACAGCGACUGCGCCCCCAAGGAGCCGGCGCCACAGGCCCUGGACGACGCCGCGGCCAAGAGGCUGUGGGAGCUCAGCGCCUCCAUGGUCGGGCUGGUUUAACACACGACGGCCGGGGGGGGGGGCAUGUUUACACGGGAGGAUGUACCACCACGACAUGCUAGUUUUAUUUCAUGGGUUUAAUGGGCAUUGCAUUAAUAAUUAUUUCACUUGUUCCGGGUCUUUUAACGAUUUGCUGCCCACGCUUUGCACUAUUUAAUCUAAAGACUCCAGUCGGUCGUGUGGAUGUUACCUUUAGGUUUAUUGCUUCACCUUUAUAAUCACGCAUAUUCUAAAUUAUUAUUGUGAGCUCUAUUGUCUAUCUGUGUUAUAUUUAUUUAAAAGCGUCUGCUAAAUGACAUGUAAUGUAAUGUAAUAUAUAUAUUGCUUAUGUCCUUGAGGCAAUGCUUGCUUUUAAUGGAGCGUUUAGGCUGGUUGUCCGGCUGUAUGCAUUAGGAGGGGGGGGUUGUUCCUUUUAUCACGGGGCUCAUUGUUCGAUUCCCCGUCUCCCUGUUUGCACGUCAAAGUGAGCGAGGCCCUGAACCCCACGUUGCUCCUGAUGAGCUCAUCAUCAUAUUAUUAUAUGUGUUCAGCUCCAUCAUCCCCUGUGUGAGCGGCUCAACGAGCGGCACAUGUCGAAGUAGAAAGGAGCGAUAGGAAUGUCCAUUUUUAAUGAGCAAUUGUAUUUAUUUAAUUUUUUAUUUGGAAUACUAAAAAUGUAUAUUUAAAGACUUCAAACUUGUAUUCAUGGCAACAAUCGACAACAUACAGUUAAAAAUGAUAUUGUAGUUUUUUAAAAAUUCAUUCUCUAUACCAAAUUCACAAACAUGUAAAGCGAUCCUAUCUUUAAGAACUACAAGGAAAAGGUAGACGACGGCGUAGCGCUUCAACCUCGGAGUCGCGACGGAGCGUCGCGUGAAGGCGCGGAAGUGACCGCAACGUGUCGGCAGAGGUCAAAAGGUCGUUGCACUUUAGAAGAGAGAGGAUCCUCCACCAGGUGUAGAGGGGGGGGGGGGGUGACGCCUCAGGGGAGAGCAGCAGUUAGAGUGUGUGUGUGUGUGUGUGUGUUCUGUUUGUUGCUUAUAUUGUGACAAUUGAACUGUGUGCCUUCGUUAUCCAAACAAACCAAAAGAAAAAAUCUGAUAUAAUAAAAUCAGAUUUAAAAAUGA